AUGGCCUUCAUCCUCGCCGUGCUAUCGAUAUACUGGGGCGUCUUCUACAAGGUCCAAAAUCGACUCAGCCAUCUGCUCGUCUAUGUCGUUGAUAUGGAUGGUGCUGCACCUUACGACAACACUGGAAAUGCACCAUUUGUUGGACCUACGAUCACGCAGCUGGUGCAAAAACAACUGUCAUCUGGCAUGCCGACACUGGGAUGGGGCAUCCGUCCUGGCUCCGAUUUCAACAACGAUGUAUUGGAGGUUCGACAGGCUGUGUACAACUGGGAUGCCUGGGCUGCGAUCAUUAUCAAUCCCAAUGCUUCGGCGUUGUUGUAUCAAGCUGUUGCGACCGGCAACGCUUCGUACGACCCACUCGGUGCUUGUCAGCUGGUCUACCAGGAUGCCAGAGACGACACGAACUGGUACGACUUCAUGCUGCCGCUCAUCAGCCAGUUCAUGACACAAGCAACGAGCCAAGUUGGCCAGCAGUGGGCGCACAUGGCACUCCAGAACGCCAGCGACCCUACAACUCUGGCUAACCUCCAAGCUGCACCACAAGCCAUCAGUCCUGCGAUUGGAUUCUCAGAGUUUAAUCUUCGACCAUUCUUCCCAUACACUGGCAUUCCAGCUGUAUCCAUUGGCCUGAUCUACCUGAUCAUUAUCUCCUUCUUCAGCUUCUCCUUCUACCUCCCCAUCCACAUGACCUACAUCAACCCACAAGGCCACCCGCCCCUACAAUUCUCCCAAAUGAUCCUCUGGCGCUGGUUUGCCACCCUGAGCGCCUACUUCAUGCUCUCGCUCGCCUACUCUUUCGUCUCCAUGGCCUUCCAGAUCAACUUCACGCACACCAACCCGAUCACCUCUGAAAUCCAGGUCACGGACGUCGCAUACGGUAAUCCCGUGGCGUAUGGACAUGGCACGUUCUUGGUGUACUGGAUGCUGAAUUUCUUCGGCAUGAUUGCGCUCGGGCUGGCUUGUGAGAAUGUUGCGAUGGUUGUAGGUGCGCCGUGGAUGGGGUUGUUCUUGAUCUUUUGGGUUAUCACGAACGUGUCAACGGCUUUCUACGAUAUUGAGAUCGCGCCUGCUUUCUACCACUGGGGGUACGCUUGGCCGUUGCAUUCAAUUGUUGAAGGUAGUCGCCAGAUUUUGUUCGGGUUGCACUCGCGCAUUGGACUUGAUUUUGGCAUCUUGAUUGCGUGGGGCGCGGUUAAUACGGCGUUCUUCCCACUCUGCUGUUGGUUUAUGAGGUGGAAGAAGCAGAGGGGUGUGGCAGAGUACUGGGAGAGUUAG